UCUACCCGCUUCCUGAUUGGCUAUGGUUUAGUUCAACGUGACGAUCCAGACAGAGCGCGUGUUCAGCCAUCCUCUGAGUUCACCCACACAUCAGAAUAUCUAAUGUGAGGGAGAAAAGGAAGGAAGAAUUUGGACUUCAACGCUCAUUCACAAUGUUAUAGCCGGGGUAACAUGUGAUUCCUGAGGCAGAGUGUUAUCCGCUAUUACAUCUUUGCAGGUGUCGUGUCCAGGUGGGGUGGUAACCAUGGAGAGGCUGUUGCUGUGCGUGAUGCUGGCAGUUGCCAUGGCGGUGCGGGCACAGAUCUGCCCCAAGCGUUGCGUAUGUCAGAUCCUGUCACCCAAUCUGGCAACCCUCUGUGCCAAGAAAGGUCUACUAUUUGUGCCGCCCAACAUUGACAGGCACACAGUGGAACUACGGCUGGCCGACAACUUUGUCACAAGUGUGAAGAGGAAAGACUUUGCAAACAUGACACGGCUGGUAGACUUAACAUUAUCCAGAAACACCAUCUCCUUCAUCACACCUUAUGCCUUUUCUGAUUUGGAUAACCUCAGAGCGCUUCACCUCAACAGUAACAGACUGACGAGGAUAGGCAAUGAUACAUUCAGUGGGAUGUCGAAGCUUCACCACCUGAUUCUGAACAACAACCAGCUGAUGCUCAUCAACCAGGGAGCAUUCAACGACCUGCUGGCACUGGAAGAAUUAGACCUCAGCUACAAUAACCUGGAUUCUAUUCCUUGGGAGGCCAUCCAGAGAAUGACAAGCCUCCACACAUUGAGUUUAGACCACAACAUGUUCGACUUCAUCCCAGAGGGAACAUUUUCCCUGCUCCAGAAGCUCAACCGGCUGGACGUCACUUCUAACAAACUCCAAAAGCUACCACCAGACCCACUUUUUCAACGAGCACAGGUCUUGGCCACUUCAGGGAUCAUGACCUCUACUUCUUUUGCGCUCUCAUUUGGCGGGAACCCUCUCCACUGUAACUGUGAGCUACUGUGGCUGCGAAGGCUGAACAGGGAGGAUGACCUUGAGACGUGUGCUUCACCCCAACACCUCUCCGGACGAUACUUCUGGUCCAUUCCUGAAGAGGAAUUCCUCUGUGAACCUCCACUCAUCACCCGAUACUCCCAUGAAAUGAGGGUGCUUGAAGGGCAGAGAGUCGCGCUCAGGUGUAAAGCAAGAGGAGACCCAGAGCCAGCCAUCCACUGGAUCUCUCCUGAGGGCAAGCUGGUAUCCAACUCCUCAAGAACGUUGGUCUACACAAACGGGACUCUGGACAUCCUCAUCAGCACUGUUAAAGACACGGGCUCCUUCACCUGCAUCUCCUCCAACCCUGCUGGUGAAGCCCAUCAAACAGUCGACCUGGUCAUCAUAAAACUCCCUCACAUCUCCAACAACACCAACAACAUCCAGGAGCCUGACCCGGGGUCGUCUGACAUUUCCACAUCAACCCGAGGCGGGGCCAAUGGGAGCAAUGUGACGGGGGACGUGAAGGGCGGGGUGGAUAAGAGGGUGGUGACAGCUGAGGCCACGUCAUCCACUGCUCUUAUCAAGUUCAACUUCCAGAGGACUAUUCCAGGCAUCAGGAUGUUCCAGAUACAGUACAACGGGAGCCAGGAUGACUCACUGGUUUACAGAAUGAUCCCUCCAUCCAGCAAGAACUUCCUGGUCAACAAUCUGGCUGCAGGGACCCAGUACGACCUCUGCGUGCUGGCCAUCUACGAUGAUGUCAUCACCUCCCUGACAGCCACCCGCGUGGUCGGCUGUGUGCAGUUCAGCACCGAGUCGGAGUACAUGAGAUGUCAUUUUAUGCAGUCUCAGUUCCUCGGUGGGACUAUGAUCAUCAUCAUCGGAGGGAUAAUAGUGGCCUCUGUGCUCGUUUUCAUCAUCAUCCUGAUGAUACGUUACAAGGUGUGUAACCCCGGUGAGGGAGGGAAAGGCGUUUCACUGUCAAUGACCAAUGUUCACUCACAGACCAACGGCUCGCAGUCACAAGGAUGCACGGUGACUCCAAGCGCCUCUAAACACGGCUCAAUUGGAUUAGACGACCUCUCGGGAGGCUCAAAGAAGAGGAGCGCAGCAGGAGGAGGCGGGGGCAAGGAUACCGUGACUCAGUCUUCAGACUCUUCCCUGCCUGACUGCUCCACAGCUACAUCCAUUCUCAGCCAGUCUUGGGCAGCCAAAAGCCCAACAGCUGGAGGUGGGGAACGGGAGAAGGCGGGUGAGGAGAGAGUUCUAGCUAGCGUAUCUUCACCCACCACCACCAACGGUUCACUAACCAAGCCAAAGCGGAAGCCCGCGCCAGGUAAGCCAGGAUCGGCUUGCUCAAACACCUCGGCUGCUUCUGAAAAUCUCACCUCCCCUUCCCCUCGCCCUCCUUCCUCCAGCUCAUCCGCUCUCCUCCCUUCCUCUACCCCUCUAGAAAAUCUCAACACCAACCGCAAUAACUCAACAUCUCUAAACCAAACCCCUCCUCCCUUUGUGCCAUCUCCUUUCUCCAGCCCUCUCACCACCCCGAGCCCGGUCCCCUCCAUCCGAUUCAGAGAGACACCCAUCCUGCGCAGGGCUCCCCGUGCCCACUCCUCCGCCUCUUCCUCCGCCAAGUACAAGACUCUCCCUGUAGAGGAGGGAGGGAGGAGCAGGGCAAGAAGGAGGUACUCGUUUAGUGAAGGAGGUGAUACAAAGACUCACUCAUCCCAUCAGGGAGGACCAGUGCCCAAAUUAGGGCGUAUAAUGCGGAACAAAAGGAGCCAAUCAAUGAGCGGGAUGCUGCUCCCCAAAGACGGUGAUGGGGACUCAGACAGAGGGCGGUGCGACUCAGACUGGAUUCUAGAAAGCACCGUUUGAACUGGAGUGAAACAGCAACCAUCAAAUAAACUUUGUUUAUCCAUUCAA